AUGGCGUCAGCAUUUGAUUCGGCGGCGUUGAUGCUGGCUCCGGUUCCUGCACCAUUGCCGCCGCUGCGGCAGUAUAUUGGCUUGAGCCCAGCCCAAUUUCAGGCACUGCAACGCGGACAUGGAGUGGAGCCCGAUCCCUACAGUGGUCGCUUCGGGCUCCGUGACAACCCGGAGGAGGCCUUGAACAGGGGAUACACAUUCAACACAUGGGAACCGCCCAGCAAGAAACGUAUGGCGGACUCCGUGCAGAAUGAUAAGGAGAACCUGGAGCAGAUGGCCAACCCCGAGGAUGGUGAUCCUAAGAAGUACGUCAUCGUUGAGCUCAACAUCACUGACUUAGGAUUCCGGUGGUUGUCGAUGGAGGGCCGUCUUCAGUUCAACCGUGAAGGUCAAUUGCGGUUGUACGGGGCUUUGUUCAAUGAAGUGAGGGAUGCCAACGGGCGCCUUCUGUACCAGGUGGGCGAGAAUGUCCAGCAGCCCAUUCCCUAG